AACGGCGAGACUUUAAUGAUCUGGUGCGAGGCGAAAAAACAAGCGGGCGACACUGAAAGCGGAGGAAAUAUUACAGUGGCGAGGAAUGGGUGAGAGGAAGCCCGAUGUCUUAUGUGCCAAGGCAUGCCAGCACCUCAGCAGGCAGGAGUACCAGCUGGGUCUGCAGUGCUGUGAUGAGAUCCUAGCCGGCUUGCCCAGUCCAUCCAACGCCCCCUGCUGCUCUUCCUCCGCCACUGAUCACAGUGUCCGACUGCAAGUCUUGCUUUACCGUGUCUAUGCACUUGUCCAGCUGAAAAAAUUCACUGAAGCUGAAGAGAAUAGCAGCAGCGUGAUGUGUCUUCAGCGGGAGCUGAGACCCGACACCCUCAAAGAGCUCCUGGUCUCCAUGCUGACAGACGGCUGCUUCAGGGGGAUGUGCCAGGCGCUGUUCAGCUGUCAGCCUGCAGAGCACAUGAAUGAAGAUAUGAAAUAUUUUGGACAGUUGCUGCUUCUAUUGACAGAAUCACAGGCUUCCUGUACAGCUGCUGGAGGUUCAGUCGAGACUGGAGGGGAAGGCACUCGGGUUGAGCGACGGUGGCGGAUUCGGGACCCUCCCCGCGGGAUCCUGAGCCUCGAUGAGUAUACUCUGUGUUUCAGGUUCCUGCGGGACGGAGGCUGCCCCCUGGGGGAUUUCUGCGUGUCUGCGCACUCUCACGGCGAGCUGCGGGAGUGGAGGGAGAGACUGGUGCGCCGACACUUACGGGAGCCACGCACUGGUGCCGUCGCCUGCUACGGCCAGCAGCUGCUGGAGAAGUGGACAGGCAACCCGUUGCCCCAUGCUGUGGUGGCGCCCUCACUGCUGGGGGUGACUGUCACCUGCGUACCAGACCUGCGGCAGGUCGUCCAGAAGAAGAACAGCUCCCUCUGCUGGAUGCUUCAGCUGCAUUGCGAUCCCCCCCGAGUACUGCGCCGUGUGGCCCUGCUCGGCGAGCUCCACCGGCCCCUCUUCUCCAUCUCGGAGGUAGCCACCCUCACUGCCACCGGCCCCCGCCCCUACCCUCUGGGCCCGGAACCGUGGGAGUGGACUGGGCCGGGCCACGGGGCCGAGCGGGUCUACCAGCUCAAGCUGCGAUUCAGCACCCACGCCUACGGCAACUUCCAGCAGGCCGUGGUGCUGGACCUGGGCUCCGAGCCGGUGCUCCUCCAGACUGUCAGGGUGGAGCAGGCCACCCCUGCAGACGUGGGGCUGGAGCCACCGUGCCCCCCAACAAGGGGGUCCUUGAUGCGCUGGGACGUGGGCUGCAAGCAGGUGACCGUGGUGGCCUUCCGGCCCUGUGACCUGUCCCCCCUGGAUCGGUCCCUCCUGCAGUCAUACCGGAUCCCCGCGGCCGCCGACCAGCUGUUCACACGCUCCGUGCUGGACCACAAAGUCACGCCGCACAACUACCGCUCACGGCUGCACGACCUGCUGUACAUCGAGGAGAACGCCCAGUACCGCCUGCUCUGCGGGUUUAACCUCCAAACAUGCCUGCGCUUGAUGACUGAGCCUUCUGCACCCGGACUGCGGGGGGAAUACGGGCCCCUUCUGGCUGGCCAAGUCUUUGCUUUGCUGAGCCUGCAUGAGACCGGGACCGAGCCGGACAGUUCUGCGGGGCGGCUGGUGCGCGAGGCAGUGAGCAGCAUGCUCCUGCUGGCCGAGUCUGGUACUGCGGGCCGGGAGCGUGUGUACGAGGUGCGGGUGGAGGCGUGCGGCCCGGAGGACAUGUGCCUGCGGCUGUCUGAGGAGUGCUGCCAUGACCUGAGGCUGCAAGCAGGCGCAGACCUGCAGGUGGAGCUGCAGUUCCAGCUGAACAGGUUGCCACUGUGUGAGAUGCACUUCGCCCUGGACGUGAUCCGCGACUGCGCCCUGCUCUUCCCGGAGCCCCCCUUUCCUGAGUUGCCCCUCCGCCCUGAGAGUGUUGACGGUUGGGACUCCCGGCUCAGCGAGCGGCAGAGGGACGCCCUCUGGGCCGUCAUGUCGGCCCCCUCCCUGCCGCUGCCCCCCAUCUUACUGUGCGGCCCCCCGGCUUCCGGAAAGACCUUUGUCCUGCUCGAGGCCGUCGUGCUCCUGCUGAAAGCGGAUGCCAGUCGGGUGCUGCUGUGCACACGGACGGAGGUGGCGGCGGAUUCCCUGGUUACUGAGCUCGCUCUCGCUCAGGGCUGCCUGCUCAGGCUGUGGGACCGGCGUCAGGGUUCAAGGCAGACGGAGAUGCCCCCCCAGCAUGCCGGAGCUGAGGCCUCAGCCCCAGGAAUGGAGGAGGUGAAGAAGUCCCGGCUGGUGGUCAGCACAGUCCGUCAGGCCAAGCAGCUUGUCCACUUGGGGCUUGACUCUGGCUUCUUCACGCAUAUCCUGGUGGACGAUGCCUCUUCCAUAGUCGAGUGCGAGGUCCUGAUGGCGCUGUCUCUGGCGAGCCGCUCCACUCGGGUGGUGCUGGCAGGAGAUCCCCAUCAGCCCCCCCCCUUGAUGCACAGCGAGUUUGCCUGUGAGCGUGAUCUGCAGCGCCCCCUGCUGGAGCGCCUGUGUAAGCUGUAUCCCCCUGACUGCGGCUGCAUGGUAUGGCUGACGGAGCAGUACCGCACUCAGCGGCACAUUGUCGGCCUGGUCUCUGAGGUGUUCUAUGGGGGCCAGCUGAAGGCAGCCAGCAGCCAGCCUGCACACAAAGACUUCUUCCCCCUGUCUUUCUUUGUGGCCUGGGGGGCGGAGAACAGCUCCUGCGGAUACUACAAUCAGGCUGAGGUGAUGGAAGUGGCUGACCAGCUGGAGAGCCUAUGUAAGACGUGGCCGGUGUCCUGGGGAAAGCUGGAUGAGAGCAGCGUGGGGGUGCUGACCCCGUACCCAGCUCAGGCCGUGCAGCUGCGCUCCGAGGCGCGUCGGCGUGGCUUAAACUGCGUCACCGUGCACACGCUCCUCGCCCCAGCCGCUCCGCCGUUCCGCGUGCUGUUCCUCAGCACAGUGAGGACGCGGGCUUCCUGCAGGCAGGGGGCCCCUGGUAGGGGGGUGCCCGGUGGAGCCUGGCACAGGGGCUCCCUUCUGGAGGCUGAGGAGACGACGGAGGAUCGGGAGCUGGGCUUUCUCUCGUCCCCGCGGGCCCUGCACUCUGCCAUGCUGCGCGCUCAGUCCCUGCUGGCUGUCGUGGGAGACCCUGUGGCCCUCUGCACCGUCGGAAAGUGCAGGAGGAUCUGGGAGCACUUCUUGCGCCGGUGUGCCUUGGAGGGAGGCCUGCACGGGGCCUUGCUGUCUGAAGUGCUUGAGCAGAUCGAUGCCAUUGAAGCGAGCCGUGCAUGCGUCCUUAACCCCCUGGCCCCAGAGUUUGUUCCUCGCAUGCCCCCUCGAAGGACCCCCGUCCAGUCUCCCAGCACCAUGGUGAAGCGCACCCCCCCCUGGCACCCGAAGCCACCCUCCCCCUCUCCCAGGGGUCAUUACGGCUCCAUGGCGCCCCCUGCUGGUCCCCCCUACCUCCUGUCACUGACCUCUGGCCGCCACUGUACCUACAGCAGGAGUCUGGGUGCGGCAGGGCACCUAGACUCCCUGAGAAUGAGCAUCCCCUACAGCAGCGGCCUGCUGUCACCUUUCCCUUUGUCGGUGGCUGGCCAGGCGGUCAUGGCCUACAACCUCGGCCUUUUGCGGAGCCCCAGAGCGCCCCCUGCUGCUCUCCCCCAGUUCCUGCACUCCUCCCCCAUGCUGUGCAGAAACUCCGUGGAUGAUGUUCCUAAUUGUGCCAGGGCAGGACGCAGUGACUCUCACACAGCUCUGGGGGCGCUGCAGCUGUGGGGAGAAGCAGAGAACUGCAAGCAGGCUCGCACAGACAGCACCUUUAGUCCCCACUGGAGCUGCCCCCCCUCACCUCCUCAUGUCUGCCGAAGCUCCACCCCUAAAUCCUGUGGGUCUCAGCCCCCGUUUAGCCCGGAGAACUCCCCCAUAUCCUCCAACCACUCCCGCUUCGGGCUUGCCGGGAGGAGUCCGUCUGUCGGGCCGUGCCACUCGCUCUGUUCUUCGCCCUCGGCGUGGGACGUUGGCCAUGCGAACGUGAGGGACAGUGUGAGGAGGCCCUUAGGGGACACGCUAAGGUAUCCCCAGAGGUCUGAGCACCUGGGCAGUCAGCUCCAUUCUCCACCUUUUCAUGACAUGCAUGCUCCCCCGGUCCCAUCACACAGCAAGCCCAUUGGUCCCCUGACCCAGAGCACUAUGGGUAGCCUGGCUGCUCUGGAGAGGCAGAGGGGCCCCAUGGCGAACCAGCAGGGGGCUGGAAGACAGCAGCUGGGGCCCGGUACUGGCCCGUGGGGAACACCUGGGCUACCAAUCCGGUGCAGUUGGAGCUCCUCCAUCCUGCCACGCCUUUUUUAUCCUUUAAUUUUUUUUCAUGUCGUGCCUAAGAGACUCGCAGAGAAGUAAAUGCCUGUUGAAGUAGCGUAAAGGUUAUUUUAUUAACGUGCCUAUGUUUUUUUAAAAUGACGUGAUUUCACACUAUACCUUAACCUUUUCAUAGCAGGUGUUCCAUUUAGUACAGAUGAAGAGCAAAGCUCUUCUUGGAUAGGUGUCUCUGCAGGGCUGAGCUCAGAUGCCCUCAGGGCUCCUCCUGAACCUGGUUCAGCUGUAUGAAUUGGAAUAUGUUUAAUACAUUUUCAAAUUAUGAAUGUGACUUGCAUACCAUCCAGUAUGUGCUCUGUGUUUCCUGGGAAAGGGUUCAGACUAGCUGUGUGCCAGUACAGGGUAUGUGGUGGUUGAUGGAUGGAUGGUUGGAUGGAUGAAUGGAUGGAUGGAUAGAUAUAUCUGUGUGUUUACUGCAAGGACAGCCACACCUGAUUGUGAUGAAUGCUGACUGGUGGAUCGACCACAAGCCAGAUGAUCAUGUGAUUAAGUGUGAGAGGUAGCUGAACCUCAUUCAUCCAGGGCCCAUGUGGAGACCCAGGCAGCUUCCGUGGAAUUUGAGGGUCUUGAGUAAUGUCCUUCUGUAAAAGUCUUUCCUGUGGACCUUUUCUCCAGCAGAAAAGGCACCUGGAGAUGGGAAAAAGGCUGAAAUAUGAGCGAUUUGAAAAGAUCUAACGUUGUAUAACGUUUGAGAAAAUGAGAGAAACCCUUGUUUGUGUCCGUAUGUUUUUCUGUUUGUUCCUCUGGUUUUGCCAAGGCAGCUUU